UAUCUUUAUAUUAUCUGUGAAACUCCCCCCUUUUAUACUUUCAGAAAACUUAUACACAUGGAGCCACAGAACCAAACAAGUACAUCUGAGUUCAUCCUUCUGGGGCUUUCAGAAAAGCCAGAGCAUGAGACUGUCCUCUUCUCUCUGUUCCUCUGCAUGUAUGUGAUCACGGUUUUGGGGAACUUAUUGAUCAUUCUUGCCAUCAGCUAUGACUCCUACCUCCACACGCCUAUGUAUUUCUUCUUGGCUAACCUCUCCUUGGUUGAUUUCUUCCUGGCCACCAAUACUGUCCCCAAGAUGCUGGUGAACAUUCAAACCAGGAGCAAGUCCAUCACUUAUCCUUGCUGUCUGACUCAGAUGUACUUUUUCCAUUUCUUUGGCAUCAUGGACAGUGUCUUAAUAGCUGUGAUGGCUUAUGAUCGUUUCGUGGCCAUUUGUCACCCAUUACAUUAUACUACCACCAUGAGCCCAAGACUCUGCAGAUUACUGGUUGGUGGCCCAUGGGUGUAUUCCUGCUUCAUCUCCCUCACCCAUAUCCUCCUAAUGGCCCGUUUAGUAUUCUGUGGAAGCAAUGAAGUGCCCCACUAUUUCUGUGACCUCACCCCUCUUCUUCGGCUUUCAUGCACAGACACAUCAGUGAACAACAUCUUUGUGCUUAUUGUGGCAGGGAUGGUGAUAGCCACACCUUUUGUCUGCAUCCUGACCUCCUAUGCCCGAAUCAUUAUAGCCAUCAUGAAGGUCCCCUCUGCCGGUGGUAGGAAGAAAGCCUUUUCCACCUGCAGCUCCCACCUGUCUGUAGUAGCACUUUUCUAUGGGACCACCAUUGGGGUCUAUCUGUGUCCCUCUUCUGUGCACACAGCUGUGAAGGAGAAAGCUUCUUCAGUAAUGUACACAGCAGUCACACCCAUGCUGAACCCUUUUAUUUAUAGCCUGAGGAACAAAGACCUGAAGGGAGCACUGAGGAAGCUCGUCAACCAAAAGAUCAACACAUCCUCUUGAUCAUCAGAACA